AUGAUUGAGACUCAGCGAAGCAACGACUCCAAAGACAUAUUGAUAGAUUUCAAACGGACCAGAAGGAGAGAGGAGCGGCCCAGAUCUUUGCCCGUCUGGGACUCCACCAUCAGCCACCAGAGCUCCAGGGAUUCCUUUGAGAGACUGGCGACGGCUGGAACGUCCCAACAGAGAGGAGGCGAAAGGUUUGAGACUCACCGAAGCAACGACUCCAAAGACAUAAUGACAGAUUUCAAACGGUUGGUGAAAGAGGACCGGCCCAGAUCUUUGCCCGUCUGGGACUCCACCAUGAGCCAUCACUCCAGGGACUCCUUAGAGAGACUGGAGACGGAUGGAACGUCCCCAACAGAGCGGCUUGGAAAGAGCAGGUGGACCGUUCGCGCGGGCCGCGCUGCAGAGGUUCUCGGCGACGGUCCAGGAGGAGGGCGCCCCCCGUGCACCUGCAGGACGGGGACGAGCAGAAGCAGAGGAGCAUCGGCUUCAUCACACUCCACUCUCUCUGCCGAGCUUCACCGACGCUUAUCUGCUUCUUUACGGGUGUCUUUUAUGAAUAAUCAAAAGCAGCAAAAGCCGACGCUAACAGGCCAGCGUUUCAAAACGAGGAAAAGAGAUGAAAAGGAGAGGUUUGACCCUACUCAGUUUCAAGAAAGUAUCGUACAAGGUUUGAACCAGACUGGCACUGAUUUGGAGGCGGUUGCGAAGUUCCUUGAUGCAUCUGGUGCCAAACUUGACUACCGUCGGUAUGCAGAGACGCUGUUCGACAUCCUGGUGGCCGGCGGCAUGCUGGCCCCAGGAGGGACCCUGUCUGAUGACAUGACCCGCACAGAGUUCUGCCUCUUUACGGCACAAGAAGAUCUCGAGACGAUGCAAGCAUACGCUCAGAUCCUCAGGUCCUCAGGGUCCUCUGAGGGUUGUCUCCUCUUUGAUGUGGUUGUGGCAGGAGAGGGGGGUGUCCUGCCUGGAGCUUUUCCAGAUGUCACUGUGUCCUGA